AUGCGUAGGCUGCGUCGUGUUUUUUGUUGGUGUGUGUCUGCUGGGCCAUGGUACAAAAACAUGAAGAUCUUCGUAAAGACGCAGAGCUACGCUAAUGAACCAGGGCGUCGAAGAGAUAGCAAGAGUGAAGCAGAUGAUCCAGGAGAGGACGGGCAUCUGGGCAUCGUUGCCGGAGCGUUGUUAGAGAACUGUGAGAUGCUGCUGGAAUACGACAUCGCGGAUGGGUCACCGUUGCAGUUGGUGGGCGGUGGUUGA